AUGGUCAUAUCAUCAUUCCGAGAACCACUAAGUGGAUGGAUUGAUAAUGUUUCCGGACCCACCGGUGCGUUAGUUGGAGGUGGAGUCGGUCUGAUUCGAACAUUGAACAUCGACAGGGAUUGUACAGCUGAAAUGAUACCUGCUGAUCUCACAAUCAACGCUCUGAUUUCUACAGCUUGGGAUAUUGCCAACAAUAAAAAUGCCGAUGACGAGCCACCGAUCUACAACUACCAUUCGAGUUGGACAAACCGAUUGACAUGGGGCAAAUACGUCGAGUUGGCCUUCAAGCACGGCAAAAAACUACCAUCCAUGCAAAGCCUCUGGUGUUACUCAAUGACCGAGACGAAGUAUAUCUACUUCCACUACUUCCUGAUACUCGUUUUGCACAUGUUACCAGCCAUCAUCAUUGACACUGCUCUUCUCGUCACAGGAAAAAAAGCAAAGUUACUGAAGAUGUACAAAAAAAUCCACAAGUAUAUGCGAGUUACGGCUUACUUUAGCACGAAGAAUUGGAAUUUUAGAAAUAACAAUGUUCUAAAGCUUUGGGAUAAAUUAUCAGAGGAGGACAAAGAAAUAUUUUUCUUCUCCAUGAAAGACUUUGACUGGGACACUUACAUGAAUAUAUGUGUCCAUGGAAUUAGAAGAUUCAUAUUCAAGGAUACUCUUGAUACCAUACCCAAAGCUAAAAAACGGAUGUCAAGGUUGGUCAUACUCCACAAAAGCAUUAAGUAUGCAGUCUUUGCUCUUUUCCUGUGGGGUCUCUACUUGAUUUUCUACUACGCUCUAUCAAUGAGUUCGAAUUCAAGCUAUAGUUUAUUUAGCGAAAGUAUCACAGUCCGGUAAUGAAACAAAAACAAACAACUUUGACUACGAUAUAACCAUUACAGUUGGCCUCGAAGCGCCAGGGCCGCUGUCCUAUUAUAAUUUCAUACAACGUCGCGAGUUUUGGAAGUAAUAAGAAGAGGCUCUUAUUUUUAUACAAAACGGAAAAACCUUGAAACACCAAGAGGAGUCUCUUGUGGGCCAUUUUCAAUUCACUGAUGAGAUAGCAGCUUUACUAACCAUGUAAAAGCUAUCUUUGUUUAACGUUAUUUAAAAAUCUCAUUUUUCAUUUUCAAAUUAAAAA